AUGCGAGGUUCUGAGAUCAGCGGAGAGGGUCGCCUCGAGAGACCGUUUCUGAGCAUCAUCGUGCUGGAUGAUGAUGAUGAAGAUGAAGCCGCUGCUCAGCCAGGGCCCUCCCACCCACCCCCUAAUCCGGCCUCACCCAGGGCAGAAGCCCCUGGCUCCUCUCAGCCCCAUGGGGCUGGAGGAAGCAGUAGUUCGGGCGGCAAGAAAUGCUACAAGUCGGAGAAUGAGAAGCUGUUUGAAGAGUUCCUUGAACUGUGUAAGAUGCAGACGGCGGACCACCCUGAGGUGGUCCCGUUCCUCUAUAACCGGCAGCAGCGGGCCCACCCUCUGUUUUUGGCCUCGGCGGAGUUCUGCAACAUCCUCUCUCGGGUCCUCUCUCGGGCCCAGAACCGGCCAGCUAAGCUCUAUGUCUACAUUAAUGAGCUCUGCACGGUUCUCAAGGCCCACUCAGCCAAGAAGAAGCUGAACCUGGCCCCUGCUGCCACCACCUCUAGUGAACCCUCUGGGAAUAACCCUCCCACAGACCCCUCCUCGGACCCAAAUGCUGAGACCACUGCCUCUGAGGCCCCAAGGACCCGUGGUUCACGGCGGCAGAUCCAGCGCUUGGAGCAGCUGCUGGCACUGUAUGUGGCAGAGAUCCGGCGGCUGCAAGAAAAGGAGUUGGAUCUCUCAGAAUUGGAUGACCCAGACUCCACUUACCUGCAGGAAGCAAGGUUGAAGCGUAAGCUGAUCCGUCUCUUUGGGCGGCUGUGUGAGCUGAAAGACUGCUCUUCACUGACAGGCCGAGUCAUAGAGCAGCGCAUCCCUUACCGUGGUACCCGCUACCCAGAGGUCAACAGGCGCAUUGAGCGGCUCAUCAACAAGCCAGGGCCUGAUACCUUCCCUGACUAUGGAGAUGUACUGCGGGCCGUAGAGAAGGCAGCUGCUCGGCACAGCCUUGGCCUCCCCCGACAGCAGCUCCAGCUCAUGGCUCAGGAUGCCUUCCGAGAUGUGGGCAUCAGGUUACAGGAGCGUCGCCACCUGGAUCUCAUCUACAACUUUGGCUGUCACCUCACAGAUGACUAUAGGCCAGGCAUUGAUCCCGCACUGUCAGAUCCUGUCCUGGCCCGACGCCUGCGGGAGAACCGGAGCUUGGCUAUGAGCCGGCUGGAUGAGGUCAUCUCCAAGUACGCAAUGAUGCAAGACAAGAGUGAGGAGAGCGAGAGACAGAAGAGAAGAGCCCGGCUCCCCCAGGCCACCUCUUCCCAUUCUGAAGAUACCCCCAAAUCCUCAUUGGAUUCUGGUGAGGGCCCUAGUGGGAUGGCAUCCCAGGAGUGUCCUACCACUUCCAAGGCUGAGAUCGAUGAUGAAGAAGAUGAGGAAAGUGAAGAGGAGGAGGAAGAAGAGGAAGAGGAAGAGGAGGACGAUGAGGAGGAAGAAGAUGAGGCCACAGAUUCCGAAGAAGAGGAGGAUCUGGAACAGAUGAAGGAAGGUCAGGGGGACGAUGAAGAGGAGGAGGAGGAGGAGGAGGAGGAGGAAGCAGGGAAGGAUGGAGAUAAGAGCCCCAUGUCCCCACUAGCGAUCUCCACUGAAAAGAACCUGGAACCUCAUAAAGGGAACAGCGGGUCUUCAGAGGAGCAGCAAAACAAAAGACUCACAGAGUCACCAUCUUUACUGGCAGAAGAGCCCCCGGCCCCCUCUAAUGUAGUUGCUGAAAGCAGGGAAGAGCACCUCGAGGAGUUGCCCCUGGAGGAAGAGAGCCCUAUGUCUCAGCUCUUCGAGCUAGAGAUUGAAGCCUUGCCCCUGGAUACGACUCCUUCCCCUGAGGAGAGGGACAUUUCCUCUUCCAAGAAAUCAGAGGACCUCCUCACCACUGUGUUGGAGAAUGGGGCCGCCAUGGUCACCUCCACUUCCUUCAAUGGAGGCAUCUCUCCUCACACCUGGGGGGAUUCCAGUCCCCCCCGCAAGAAAUCUCGGAAGGAGAAGCAAACAGAAGCUGGGCCGUUAGGAAAGAGCCAUGUGGAAAUGCCAAGGGCAGUGCAGAAGAAGAACGAGCAGAAGACACAUACCCUGCCCAGCCCGCCUUCCCCCUUGGCUUCUAUGGCUCCAGUUGCUGAUUCCUCCACAAGGGUGGACUCUCCUAGCCAUGGCUUGGUGACCAGCUCCCUCUGUAGCCCAUUUCCAACCCGGGUGUCCCACACUCCCCAGUCACAGCCCUCCAGGCCUGGUACUUAUAAGAUGAGUGUGGCCACACAGUGUGAUCCCGAGGAGAUCAUCGUGCUCUCAGACUCUGAUUAA